AUGGUCGAUGAACAUACGGCAGUACUUGUGAUCGGAAUAGGAGGGCCAACAAACUCGGGUAAAUCCACAUUGGCAAAAAACUUGAAAGCGAUCCUUGAUCCGACGGGUGAAGACGCAUCGCCGAUCGUGUCGGUGGAUCUUCUGCACCAGGACGACUUUUGUCCCCCGAAAGACCAAAUACCAUGGAAUGAAAAGUGGCAGGUCCAAGACUGGGAUACGCCACAAGGGUCUUCAGAUUAUUCUCGUCUUGAGCGAGUCAUUCAAUAUAUGCGUGUGCACAAAAAGCUUCCAGCAGAUUUCCAGAGUUUUGAAUAUCGACGUAGCAAUUACACAUGCACACUCGACGCAACUGAACUUGCCAAGCAACGAAAAAGGUUUCAUGAAGAGCUGCAUGGACAGACGCUUCGAGCAUCUCGCGACGGGCAACAAGCACCACGUAUUGCAAUUCUCCUUGUUGAGGGAUUCUUGCUUUAUUACAGUGUUGCCGUUCGAAAGUUGUUGGAUGUUCGUUUAUUUUUGCGUAUAUCCAGAGCGACAAUGCACCAGCGACGAAUGGAGCGUGCAAACUAUGUAUUGGAUGACGGGGAAGUAUGGGAAGAUCCCCCCUUUUACUUUGACGAGAUUGUGUGGCCAGCUUACAUGAAAGCGAGUUCGCACAUGUUUGAAAAUGGGGAUGUAGAACGUGGAGCUCCGAUUGUUCCAAGCGGACAUGGUUUCAUUUCACAAGAUGGUGGCCCACUACGGGAUCUACAAGUGCUCGAGGUUGAACAUUGUACCAAAAAGCAAGUGACGCUAGCUGCAACUGAUCAUAUCCAUGCAUUUCUAACAAAAUAA